AGACGUGAAUCAUUUUAAUUUGGUGGCGAUAAGAAAAAUUUGUUUCAAAAACGAAGUCAUCAGUUUUGUAGAGCUUGAAAUUCUCUAUCUUUUGGUAUAUUAGGGCAUAUUUUUCAUAGAUGAAAAACGAGAGAAAAAUGCAUCAGAAUUUAGUGCAAUUUAUCUUGGAUCACCCGUUAGAAUAGUGCCGUAACCAAAUUAAUAACAAGAGCAAGAUGUUGACGUUGAGACGGUUAUUGUGAAUUCUACAAAAAAAUCUAAUUUGCGUGUAAACCUCGGACGAUAUUUGGAGAGAGGAGCGAGAGACAAGCUGAUAGUCUGAGUUUCUCUCGGUAAAAAAACAGAUUAAUAAUACAUGGUCGCUCACCUUUGACGAAAGAUGGACAGUUUUCUAAUCAUGUUGUUUACAUAUAGUCGAUAAACGUCAUUAAAUUCCUCAAGAGGAAUUCCAGUUGGUGAACAAAAUCUUCGAGGUGUGGAUGUGAGUUCAGCAUAUAAGUCACGAAUAACAGCUCGUUCAAAUCGGUCCAUAGGCAUCAUCAGUUGAUAAUUGGACAAACGUGGUAAAAUAGGCAGAAGACUCAAUAUUUGUUCACAUUGUACCAAAAUUAUAGCUAUUUUUCUUCGGUCAUUCUCCAAUUCAUGUUGAUUGGCUAAUCUGUAUAAAGUAUUUACAACUUGUACAACAUCAGUGCACAUAUUAGUCAAAAUUCGUAAAGUUGUUUGUCGGUGUGCAUCCAUUUUUAUGGCAAAAGAAGGAAGAAAAUGGGGUUUAGUAGUCUAAAGUAAAAAAUAAACACAACAUCUUCUUAUUUACUUUAUUUCCGCGGUUUUUUGUAUUGUUUUAUAUUCUCUUAGAUUAAAUAAUCAUGAUAUUAAUGUUGUUUUACUGGUAAUACAUGAGCAAAAAUAUGUCAUUUAGAACCUAUCGUUUGAUUGACGACUGUGAACGAGAAAUAGUGAAAUUAUUGGCCGCCGAAGUGGGAAGAAAACCUCGUUUAAUAGUUCAGACGAUAAUCGAAGGUGACUAUGGGCAAAUCAGUGAACAUUAUGAAAAAAUCAAAGAGCGUACUGCUGUCGGACGAAUAAACGAGAUAUUAUCGACUGCUGCUAGAAAGGUUGCUAACGCAAGAGUAAAUAAUUCUUACAAUUUUGAACCUUUACCGACAGAUACGAUUGAUUAUGUGUCAUAUUCAGAUGGAACUAGUUUUUCUCAACAGCACGUCAAUGAUCAUCAAACACCACCUUUUCGCGGUACAGGUCGUUCCAUCGUAUCAAAAACUCAUAGUAGGUUAUUCAAUUAUUACAUUAUUGUUUUUUCUAGCAAAAAUAGUAGAUAGAACCUACCAUGAACUUUUCUGUAGAGCUUUCGAGUCAAAUCAUCAGCAGUUUUAAUACAAUUUAUAUUUUAUCUGACCAAAAUGCUGCUUAAUUAACACACUCAAAUAUAGUAAUGUUGUGAUAUUGGCAGGACUGACGAUGAGUCGAUUUGACUAGAAAACUCUACACGGUUAAAAUAAAAUAAAGUAAUAUUUUAUGAAAUAUAAAUGAAUAAUCAAGCCGCGAAUAAUAAUAUAUAUCCAGCUAUUUCGAUUUUCUGUUACUGAACACUUUUUCAUCUUACGUUCUUAUAGAAAAAUAAAAAAGUUUAAAUAAGGUUGGAAAACGAGAAUAUGUUGACAAUAACUAUCCUAGACCAUGAGAAAAAAAUCAAUAAAAGAACUACAAACAUUAUCGUGUGAUAUGAAAAUUUUUAUGCUUUUUUAAAGGGCACUAAAGAUCAAUCAAAAACAUAGAUCUAGCUUUGAACGCCAAUUGAUGUCCAUUGCUAUUUGUAUGCAUAAAUAGGAUGUGUGAUAUCUGACAGUUGCCGAUAUUACACAAGAGAGAAUACCCCGUUAACAGUUAACAUUCUUUUAGCGUAUUGCCUUUUCAAUAGUCAAUGGAUAUGAGCCAGUAAUUACGAAAGAAUGGAUCGGUCAUAAUGCUAUGCCAGAAUA